AUGUCCUCGUAUACGUUUGGGCAAAAAUCUUUCACGCCAGUGCCACCCGAAAAGGGUAGUUUUCCUCUCGAUCAUGAAGGCUUCUGCAAACAAGUAAUGAUCGACUAUCUUCGAUGUCUAUUAGAACAUAAUAAUCAAAAUACAAUGUGCAGACAUAUUGCCAAGGAUUAUCUCGGUUGUCGAAUGGAUAAAAAUCUUAUGGCGCGUGAAGAUUGGUCGAAAUUAGGUUUCACUGAUGAAAUAAAGAAAACAAAUCUAUAGAAGCUAGAGUGCGAGUUCUGCUGCAUGUGAUUCAUCACAUUUAGAAGAGUAUAUAACUGCCAAUAUAUAAAGCAAAAAUAAUAGAAAACGGAAGAACUUUGGAAGUGAUUUAACGAAGCAUUUAGAAGAAUCCGUUCAAAGGAAAGUGUCGGUAGUGCUUUAGAGCUUUAAUGAGAUUUUAAAAAGAGUAUAUAAAUAUAUAUACAAUUGUUACAAUGUAAAUGUAGUUUGUGGACACUGUUUAAAGUAUAUCGAGUAAAUAAGAUAUACCAUACGUUAUUAGAAAAAGAAAAAAUAAAUAAAUAUACAAGAUAA